AUGUCUCCCAACGGCCGAUCAUUCCUCCUUGACCCCCAAAAGGUCGCCGGACCUAUGCGAUAUUCCCAUGCGCGCGUGGUUCAACCUUCUACCCACCACACAAUUUACGUCUCUGGGAUCGCAGCCGUAACUCCCGAGGGAGUUCUCGAGGGAGUCACCGAGAAUCCAGAUGGCAGCUUUACUGUCAAUGUCCGCGAGCAAACCGCGGCCGUCCUUCGAAGAAUCGAGAGCAUCAUCCAAGGCGCCUCACACGGGAAGGCAAAUCUCUACAACAUCGUGGAUGCUACAGUCUACAUUCUUGAUAUGAAGACUCAAUAUGCGGAUAUGAACGAGGAAUGGAAUAAGAUCUGGUCCGACCGUGCCAGCGCUCCCUCGCGUGCCACCAUUGGGGUUCGAGAACUUCCAGACCCUCGUUUCGCGGUGGAAAUCAAGGCAACGGCUGUCUUUGAGUUAUAA